CUGGACCCAAACACAGUAGACAGACACCUCUCUCUGUCUGAGGAGAACAGAAAGGUGACAUGUAGGAGAGAGAAGCAGCCGUAUCCUGAUCACCCAGAGAGAUUUGAGGACUGUAGACAGGUGCUGUGUAGAGAGGGUCUGACUGGGCGCUGUUACUGGGAGGCAGAGUGGAGUGGGGGAGGGGCUGGUAUAGGAGUGACAUAUAAAGGAAUCAGCAGGAGAGAAGGGGGUAAUGAUUGUGGGCUUGGAUAUAAUGGCAUGUCCUGGAGUCUGGUCUGCUAUGACAAAAGUUACUCUGCCUGGCACAAUGAUAAACCCACUACCAUAGACGUAACCUCCUCCAGCUCCCACAGAGUAGGAGUGUAUCUGGACUGGCCAGCCGGCACUCUGUCCUUCUAUAGAGUCUCCUCUGACACACUGACCCACCUGUACACAUUCCACACCACAUUCACUGAGCCCCUCUAUCCAGGGUUUAAUGUUUCUUAUGACACCUCAGUGUCCCUGUGUCAUUUGGUUCCUGGGUCAAACACAACUUGAUGUUUCACUCUAAUCUGUUUUAUGUUUGAUCAGAAUAUGACAUUUCUAUACAUGGAGUAACAAUAGUUUAUUAUUUACUCCAUGGUAACUCUGUGUAGGACUCUCUGUAAUCCGGCUCCCUGUGAGAUCACACACAGUGGACACACACACACACACACACAGUGGACACAAACACACACACACACACACA